CCCCGAACAUGGAUGUAUUAGGAGAACCGUUUGACAUUUUAAGAGAGCUCUGACACUCAAAAUAGAUAUCAGCAAAUUCAGCGUUGAUCGGAAAAAAUCAUAAAAUUGAUACUACGCUCACAGCGACUCUAGGGGUACAAUUUGUGGAUUUAAUCGCGACAUUAUGAUCAGUUGGAGGCCGAGAACUGUUGGCUUUGAGACACACGGCCGACCGUUCAGCUGGUAAUGCAGCGUAACGUUAUUUUUCACAGCAUAGGUUUGUAUUUUCUUUUAUAUUAAACGGAUGUGUCAUUGUCAGCGCACAGACCCUUUUGCGAUAUUGGCCAUGCCAACUGCGUGACAGCGUGUUAAUUGACACCCUCGCCGACCUAAAAUAGCAAAUUGCUCACUGAGUUUGCAGCAAUAUGGCUUCGGCGCUGAAUUGCUUCAGUGGUCCCGAGGUGUUGGAGGACGUGAAUCACGCUCGGGGUUUGAUGGACGAGUUGAAAUUACUGUACAACUGCCGGCUGCUCGGCGACGUAACUAUCGGAGUUGAGUGGGAAGAGGAGUCCCUGGAGCACGGCGGGGAGUCAGCCAGAGGUGACAUUGACCAACUUUUCCUGUGCAGCCUUUGCAACGUCCUCGCCGCAGCCAGCCCUUACUUCAAAAGCAUGUUCACCGGGGGGUUAAAUGAGAGCAUGCAGCAGAGAGUGGUCAUCCGCGGGGUGGACUUUGAGUCCAUGUCUGUUAUCAUCGACUAUUGUUACACUGGCAGGGUGACCAUCACGGAGAGCAACGUCCAGAGGCUGUACGCAGCGGCCAAUAUGCUCCAGCUCGAGUACAUCAGGAAAGCGUGCUCCAGUUUCAUGACAAGGAGGCUGGACCUCUCAAACUGUGUGGGGAUACUGAAAUUCGCAGACACGUAUGACAACCCUGAACUGAAGGAGAACGCUCAAGCUUUCAUAGCCAGGAACUUCAGCCAGGUGUGUAUUGGAGAGGAGCUUUGUGAGCUGGAUUUGAUGCAGCUGAAGGAGAUGUUGUCUCUGGACACUUUGGAUGUGGACUGUGAAAGGAAGGUAUGCUCAGCUGCUUUGCAGUGGAUAGAGGCGAAUGCACCACAGAAAAGGGAGGAUGCACUACAGGCGCUGAAGUGUGUGCGCUGGAACUUGUUUACAGAGAAGGACAAGUGUUACCUGGAGGGCCUUAUGGCAAGGCCUUUAAUUGAGAAGUACCUUGCAUCUUUUUUUAACAGGUCCGCAGAGGAUGGCUGUGGAAUGUCUGCAACUCUGGACAUACCAAAACACAGAAUAGGUGUAAGUGCAAAAGAAAUGAUUCUCUUCUUCGGCCUACCUAAUGACAACAUAAUGUGCUGUGACCCUUACUCAGAGGACCUGUAUUUCAUGGCUCCUCCUCUAGAAGACCUCAGCAGUCAGGAUUACAAACGUUCCACCAUGGAGUCUUUAAUCGCCUGUGCCACACCUGAAAACAACUUGUACCUAGCCUCCCACCUCUCUAAACACUUCUGGCUGUACAACCCUGUGCUCAACAGCUGGCAGGAGUUGGCCGAGAGACCACUGGGGAGGAUGCACUCUGGGAUGGGCUACCUCAACGGUCAUGUGUACCUUUUGGGAGGAAGAAAUCCAGUGACUGAUGCCAGACUUAAGGAGGUGGAGUGUUACAGUGUCCAGAGGAACCAGUGGACAUUUGUGGCUCCUUUGCCUCAUUCUUUGGGUAAAAUGCAGGUGGUGGCACUAAAUGACCACCUGUAUGUGGUGAACAAAAGGAGAAUGCUUUGCUAUGAUCCCAAGAGGAACCGCUGGCGCCACUGUGGGUCACUGAGAAGGGACAAGCUUCACAAGGCCUGCGUGUAUCAGGACCAGAUCAUCUGUGUGUGUGACAUCCCUGUGGUGAAAGCCUACAGCCCCACCAGGGGAGAGUGGAAGAGGUUGGGUGACAUUCCCAUUGACAGCCGUGCUCUAAAUUACCAGGUGAUCCAGCACAACAACAAGCUGCUCCUCCUCACUCAGACUUUAUUGCAGCACAACAAAAACAGGGUCCUCAUCCAUGAAUACGACCCAGCCAGGGACACGUGGAAGAACAUCAUGGCAGUGUAUGUGUCCACCCUGGGGCCCGUGUGUGUUUCAACACGCGUGUACCCGGCAUGUCUUGGCUCUGCCCACAGCUUCUCCACAGAGGAGGACGACGACAGUGGCUCCAGUGCUGACUGGGACUUUGAUGGGUUGACAGACGCAGACUCUGACUCGGGCAGCUCUAGCUCUUUCUCAGACGAGAACUGGUAGUGAAAUGUGUUACUGUGUCAAAGAAAGGUUUAACUUAUUUAUAAUUGAGUGGAUUUUUAGUACAUGGUUCUGUGUGUCAGGAGAGAUCACAGUUCCAUUUAGUAUUUAAGCCAGCCAUUUACAGUAGAAGCACAAGCCCAUCAAAAUAUUUACAUGGACGUCUUUCUUUUCAUGAGCUAAUUUACUGAAGGAGAGAAGAAACUUAGCAGUUGGUUUCACAAAUGCCAAAAGAUAAGGGCUUUGCUGCUUAAUUUGUAUCAUGUGCUGCCAGCAUGAAGGACAGUAUGAUGUAGAGUCUUGUUUACACAAUAACAAGACAAAUACAUGAUAGAAAUAUAGCUGUUCAACAAUUUCAUACCUUAAAGUCAUACUUUAGCACAUUAAUAAGGGCAGCUAAAUGAAGGUUACUCCAGAGAUGUAGUAUUACUUUUUAUUUUUAUUUUUUUAUAAAAUUGGGGGAACUGGCAAGACACAGAUUAACAAAACAUUUUAAAAAAUUGAAGCAGCAGAGGCUGUUAUAUCCUGACAUUUUGUCUUUAAAGUCAUCCUACACUUUCUAUAACGCAAUGGUUUCCAAACUGAGCCUUUGCAGGGUAGAUGCACAAGACCUAAAGGAAAAAAUCUAAAGUUUACUUUUUCAUAGCAGAGACAUUUUAACUUGUCAAAUACAGGUGUUACUAAUAAGAUAACUAAUCGCUGAAAGGCCGUUCCAGCAAUUACUGCUCUGAUGCUGCCAAGGCUCAUUAAGCAAACCCAUGAGUCAAAUACAAAAACAGCUACUUUCUUUUCAGUUCCUUAAGGGGUGUGUGGCAAAAAAGUUUGAGGACCACUGCUAUAUUGCAAAUUGCAAAUUUCUUUAUACUUGGUAAUUUUCUUUCAGAACUAUCAACACUAUAAGUAACUGUUUACACAGGCUUAAAUAUUACUCCCCAUGAUUAGUAAAUUGGCUUUGAUGUGUUAAAUCGGCGGAGGGCCCCUUUUUAAUGCUCUUGGCUUUUUUUGUUAUAUAAAGACAUGUUUGUGACAGAAAUAUAACUUUUAUUUAGCGUGAAUAAAUGAGCACACCUGCUUAUGAUUGGUGUAAAAUCAUGACUGUGAUUUUUGGGACAUCAGGCAGCUCAAGUGCCUCAUGUUUAUGACUUCAAACACAACUGGGCAUUUACAGGGCUUUAAAAUUUGCUGUACUUUUCAUGUUGUUGAAUGCACAUCAAGACGUCACACACGCACACACCUAGUGUUGUGAAAACUACUGUAUGAAAUGUAGAAGCCAAUGUACUGUUACGCUCACUCAGGUUUAGGCUUCAGCGAAAGCCUGUAUGCCAUGAUUAACUUUUUUUUCUGAGAUGCAGUAAAAUUGAUUUUGGUGACAAAUUAUACAUUUUAUUAAAUUUAUUUGAAACUA